GUCCUCGGCGACAAGCACCACCACAACGGGCUGCUGAACGGCAGCGACGUCAUCAACCGGCUGGCGGCGUCCAACUCGGACAUCACCAUCACGACGACGCACCAGAGCGCGGCGGCGGCGGCGGCGGCGGCAGCGGCGGCGGCGGGGGGCGGCGGCGCGGCGGCCCACAAGAUGUCGCCGCACAGCGCGCACGCCGCCAGCAACGGCCGCGGCAGCCCGCCCGGCGCCGACUUCCUCGCCGACUCGCCUAACCAGCCGACCAUCAACCAAGCAAGUAGCAACGUGGUGGACGGCAUCAACUUGGACGAGAUCAAAGAGUUCGCGAAGGCGUUCAAGUUAAGACGCCUGUCGCUGGGCCUGACGCAGACGCAGGUCGGGCAGGCGCUCAGCAUCACCGAGGGCCCCGCCUACAGCCAGAGUGCCAUUUGCAGGUUUGAAAAACUGGAUAUUACUCCAAAAAGUGCACAGAAGAUAAAGCCAGUUCUAGAAAUGUGGAUGAAAGAAGCUGAAGAGAGCCCUGAUGAUUGCAGAUACAAGAGUGGGCAGAACCAUCUGACAGAGUUCAUUGGAGUUGAACCGUCCAAAAAACGCAAGCGUCGUACCUCAUUCACACCUCAAGCUUUGGAACUUCUAAAUGCACAUUUUGAACGCAACACUCACCCAUCAGGUACUGAAAUCACUGCUCUUGCGCAUCAGUUGGGCUAUGAAAGAGAAGUCAUUCGUAUCUGGUUCUGCAAUAAACGUCAAGCUCUGAAAAAUACUGUCAGAAUGAUGUCAAAGGGAGUUGCAUAAAUGUGCUUCAUUGAAUGUGACUAGUUUUCUUAGGCUUUUUAAAAAUAUGAACUUGAGAGCAUCAUGAGAACUUCUUUUUCUGUGAGAUAUAACUUUAUAGACAAAGACAAAUAUUCUUGUGUGAAAAAGGUGAAGAAGAACUGCUAACUCUAACUUGUUCAGAUUUCAAAUUUAUUAUUCUUUUUGUGGAUAUAAAUAAAAAGAUCUCUUGAACUGGAUUGCUGAAAGAGUGCCAUAAAUGAAGACAGUUUACUCACUGGUUUGGUGUUUCAAUCUGAACUGUUGCCAUAUAGUUGAAAUGCAGAAAAGCAUUUAGUUCUGAAUGUUUAAAAACGUUAAGAACUUUUGGUGUUUGCCUCUUGAGUGAAUGUGUGUCGGAACCAUUGUGCAAAAGAAACCAAAGAGUUUUAACUGCAAUUGACACUGUGAAUGCAUUGUGAUCUGUACAUAUAAACUAGUUUUUGUGUGAGUGUGCAGCCUGCAUUGGAAAAAUAUUACCCAAGAAUUUGUGUUUGUGACUAAAUCAUGUAAUAACAGGAAUUUCUCAGUGACUGAUAAUGACCAUGCUAGAAUUUGUGAUGUGUAGGAUGGCAAUGUACAGAGUUCAUAAUAGAUGCAAGAUUUCUAUUAGCUUGAGACCUGUAGCAGACUUCUGCUUAAUGUGAGUGGAAGAGAUUGUGAUAGUAUAUUGUUAUGAGAUGAUAAUUUUAAAAAUGCUUUUGGACUUCUACUGCUGUCACUUGCAAAUUAUUACACUGUUCAGUGAGAAUCCCUUCUAAUCUCAAGUUCUUUCUCUUCAUGUCUCUCUGACAUUGAUUGGAAUCAUUCUACUGUGUAAUAAAUCCUGUAUAUAUUUGAAGGGAUAAGUUUUAGAAAAUCUAUCUCAUGAAGAAUCUGUUGUUUAAACAUCCCUUUCAGGCUGUUGAUAUAAGAGAAUGCAUUUAAAUUAUAUUACCAUUAUACACAUCCAGGAAUAAUAUUUGAAGACCAACAAAUGGUGUUAUUUAUUGAACAAACUUAAAGAUAGUGUUUAUGUUCUUGUUGUUAGAUCAUCCUAUGUAGUAAAGUUGACCCUGGCUUUGCCUUCUGAUCACCUGUACAUUUUCCUCAGUACUGCCAGUGUUGAGUAUGACUUAUUAUGAUGUAUUACAAGGAUUAAUCACACAUGAUGUGAGAUCAGUAGUGUAGUUGUUGCUGUUAGAUACCUACAAUGCUUCAUAAAUAUUUUUCACAUAAAAAACUGAGAAGGUUUAUUUUGUCAAACCAGAAUGCAAAGGAUGUUGAGAUCUGAGACAGUGGUGUGCUGGUAUGACAUUAUUGUAACAAUAGUUAUUAGAAUCAUUUAUCUGAAAUGUUAAUUCUCCUUGGUUUUCAUAGUAACCAAGAAGAAAAUGCAGUUUGCAACUACUCAACACUGUGGCUUGUUGCAGCAUAUCAACUGUACUGUAAAAUUUGACCGAAACAAAAUUGUUCCUUGCAGUAGACUCCGCAUGAGAGGUGCCAACAACAUAUUUAGCCUAUACUAAUUUUAUUUUGAUGUAAUCUAAUUGCAAAUUAACAAAGCAAGAUCAACUUAUCAAGCUGAGUUCUUGCUUCUUCAAUAUGUCUUGAGGAAAUUUAUCCAACAAGAGACAAGAAAACAUUUCAUAAUUUGUUAUUUUAGAGUUAACUAUAAUUGCAGAAUUCCCUUAAUAAGCUGCAUUUGGCUUAAUACAAAUUAAAAAACAGUUUGGUAGAAAUUAAGAAAGAAAAGUCUGCAGGACUAAAAUGAGAGAUCAAGUUGAACUUUUAGGGACUGUACCAACUAUUGAAUUCUUUACUUUGCUUUUAAAUACAAAUGAGUGUUAUGCAAAGCAAAAAAUGGAUCUUAUUGCGUAACUAAGUUUUCAUGUUUAAAUCAAACUAAUUGUCUCUUUGAAUAUUUACCAUUUGAAGGUGAAACAUGUUAUGUUACUAUGUUUUAUGUAUUUUUGUAAUAUUUAAUUUUGGGAAUUCUUCGUUAUUGUAUGUGUCCCAUCUAUUCUACAUGUCUGACUUUCGACAGAAAUUGUACUUGAACCAGUCAAAAGCAGUCCUCUGAAAAAGACCUGAACUUCAUAGUAAUUUAAGAAUUGUAUAGACCUAUUUUGAAAAUGAUGGUUCUAUCUGAAAAUUGCAUGUAGCUUGAAGAUGUUGUAUAGAUACUGUAAAAUAACAACAAAAGAAAGUUUAAAUGAUGGAUGAUUGUUUAGAAUUCAAAUAUUAAACUUUGUGUUUACUAUCACAGUAGGACUUGAUUUAUACAUUAUUUUUUUAUAUAAUGAUAAAUAUUUUAACUAAAUUGAAAAAAGAUAGUACUGCAGGGUCAUUUUAAAAUGUAAUGUUCUUGCUAUUGUUGUUUGGCAACCCUUACUGUGGCACAUGUGGUUGGCAUUUUUACUGGAACUUGAAAUGUUUCUUCUAGUUUUCCUAGUUGUACCGCUUCAGUGUUGUUUUCAUAACUUAUGUUCUGAGUAAGAACGCAAAUGAGAAAUGUGAAUCACACAUUUCGAUUGUUACUUCAUGACAAAUUUGAGGAGUGAGCAAGUUGUCAAAUGAUGUUAAAAUAUCAUUGUGAAAAUAAAUGAUGUUGUCAGAAUUUGAUUAAAAUGUAGAUUGUGGAGCAAAAUGAGGAAAGAAAUUUGAAUCUGUUGUUGAAAUAUAAAUUCUUCCAAGAGUUCAUAAGGUUAUGAAAGCAAUGUAUUUACUGUAACAUUAGAUUUUUAAAUAUGGAGAAUAUUUAAAAGGAAAUAUUCUCAUAUUGAAACCAAAGUUCCUAUUAAAUUUUUAUAACAAAUAUAUGGUAAAUGUAUGUGUGAAUAAGAGUAUACAUAUGAAAAAGUAUAUAUAUAUAAAACAUAUAUAUAUUUCAUAAACAUUUAAAGAAAUAAUAAGGAUUUUCUGCUAUAAGGUAGAGUAAUGUAGUUAAUUGUGUGUAUAAAGAAGUUUUAAGAAGCAAUUAUAUGUAAUACCAUGUAAAUUAGGUGUCAUACAAAUAAAUCAUUACUAUGUAGACUGACGUAACAACCAAUAUGAAUAGGCCUCAUAAUGCAAACGUUUAGUGUGCACAAUUGGAUUAAACACUUUGUAAUGCAUAUAUUUACUUCUGUCAGAACAUUAUUAACCAUAAAAAAUGCUUUCAGUAUUAGAAAAGUUGAAAAGUGUAGUAGAUUUCACAACUCAUAAUUAUUUUGAUGACUGACUCCUAGUUAUUCAUUAUUUUAAAUACUAAGAAUCUCAGUGGUAUCAAGCUGCAUAAAUAUUUCAUGUGUAUUUAAUUUUUUCUGAUUUAUUUUCUCUCUCUCUCUCUUUUUUUUAUUCAUUACAUUAUUUUAUAAGAAAUACAUUUUUC